CUUAACUUUUCAUUUUCUCCUCUCUAGAGGACCUUGCCAGGUGAGCUUCAGAGCCUGGAAGCCGCCUUCUGGUGCAGCUGAGGAACGGUCAGGAGUAAACAAGAAGUGAGCAGGAGAAAGAGGUUUUCAGCAGCUGUCAAGAUGGGCAUGAGGAUCAAGCUGCACAGCACUGACCACCCCAACAACUUGCUGAGGGAACUUAACAAAUGCCGAUUGUCAGAGACUAUGUGUGAUGUUACCAUUGUGGUGGGUAGUCGUACCUUCCCUGCACACAAAGCAGUGCUGGCGUGUGCAGCAGGCUACUUCCAGAACCUUUUCCUCAGUACAGGCCUGGAUGUGGCCCGCACCUACGUGGUGGAUUUCAUUACUCCAGCCAACUUUGAAAAGAUUCUGAACUUUGUCUAUACCUCAGAGCUCUUUACAGACCUGAUCAAUGUGGGUGUCAUUUACGAGGUUGCUGAAAAAUUGGGCAUGGAUGAUUUGCUGAAGGCUUGCCAUUCCACGUUCCCAGACUUGGAAAACUCAGCCAACACGAAACAACCUUCUGUCUCAGGUGAAAGCCGGCCAACUGGCAUGUCGACUGAGCCGAACCAUGCCCUGGGUGAAAUCCGAAACAGUGGGGAGCACCCGGGACCAGAGCGGAGUUGCAGUAUGCAGAAUGAAGCACCAGGUGGCUACAAAGAAGAUUCUGCAAAUGAAGGCAGCCAUAACUUAAUGCACCAGCAGACUCCCAAAACUGAAGAACAGGAAUCGCCAGCACAGUUUACUGGUGCCAUGAGCAUUAUGACACAGGGUGGUCUCAGCAGUGUCAGCAUGGCUGUUCAAACCACUGUCAACUCAUGUCACCCAUAUAAACUCCAGAACAAUGGGGAUUACAACAAAGGCAAUUUUUUUGCUUCGGAUGCAUCACUGGAUAUAUCAACAGGCAGCAACUCCUGCCCUAGCAAUAGUGAUCACUCCAAAGACCAGGGCUUUGGACAGAUGGACGAGCUGCAGCUAGAAGAUCUAGGAGAAGAUGAACUACAUUUUGAAGAUCCCAGCGAGGAGCUAGGUGCUGCAGAGGAAGUUAUUGAGCUGAGCGAUGAUAGUGAAGAGGAGCUAUCCUUUGAGAAUGACAGCCGUGAUAACAAGGCCAUGCCCUGUCAAGUGUGCAAAAAGGUUUUAGAGCCCAACAUACAGCUGAUCCGCCAACAUGCCAGAGACCAUGUGGACCUACUGACUGGCAACUGCAAAGUCUGCGAGACCCAUUUCCAAGACAGGAACUCCAGAGUCACCCACGUCCUGUCUCACAUUGGGAUAUUCCUCUUCUCCUGUGAUAUGUGCGAGACAAAGUUUUUCACCCAGUGGCAGCUCAGCCUUCACCGCCGCGAAGGGGUGUUUGACAACAACAUUAUCAUCCAUCCUAGUGACCCACUUAUAGGAAAGGUCAACUUGUUCAGUGGGGAUUUAGCAUGUGCCACCUGUGGGAAGCCCCUCACCAAGGAUUUUCAUAUGGUUCGGGGCCACAUCUUGGACCAUGUUAACUUGAAAAGCCAAACGUGUGGCGUGUGUGACCAGCGGCACCUCAAUCUCUGCAGCUUGAUGUGGCACACCCUUUCCCACUUGGGCAUUUCUGUUUUUUCUUGCUCCGUUUGUGCCAACAGUUUUGUGGACAGGCACCUCCUGGAGAAGCACAUGGCAGUCCACCAAAGCAUGGAGGAAGCCCUCUUUCGGUGUCACUACUGUGGCCAAGCUUUUAAGCUGGAAGCUGCUUACCGCUACCAUGUCAGCCAGCACAAGUGCAGCUCUGGCUUGGACCUUGUCCGGCCCAGUUUUGGCGACCGAAUCCACCAGCAAGCUCUGCAGAAGAGGAAGCUGACAGAGGAGUUCCUAAGUGAGGAUGUGGCUCUUCAGAGCCAACCUGGAAACAGUAAGUACAGCUGCAAGGUGUGCGGAAAGAGAUUUGCCCACACAAGCGAAUUCAAUUACCACCGGCGGAUCCACACAGGGGAGAAGCCAUAUCAGUGCAAAGUGUGCCACAAGUUCUUCCGCGGGCGUUCCACCAUCAAGUGCCACCUGAAGACACAUUCUGGGGCUCUCAUGUACCGGUGCACAGUUUGUGGGCACUACAGCUCUACCCUUAACCUUAUGAGCAAGCAUAUAGGUGUGCACAAAGGCAGCCUUCCACCCGACUUCACCAUUGAACAAACUUUCAUGUACAUCAUCCAUUCCAAAGAUACGGAGAAAAACACAGAAAGCUGAUGUAGCAGUAUAUGCAGAGUAAGCACUACCUGCAGGUAGCAGAGAAGCUUGUUUCUGUUUUUAAAAAAACAACGUUACAUUUUAAUGGUCAGGCAUCAUCAGCAUUGUACUUUAUUUCCCUUUGCCUUGUUAGAGGGUUUCUUAAAUCGCCGUUCUGUGAAAACAACAGCACGUUACAUGUGUUAUUGUUCUUGAGAAACCUGUCUGUUUACCUCCUGCUGAGUCCAGGGCUCAUUAUUUCAAGUCUUAGAAACAGGCUGUUGCCCCCCUCCUUCAACGGAUAGGUUUCACACCUCAUAUCUCUCCUCCCUCCAUCUCUAAUUUGAGAUCUUGAAAAGGUUUAUGCUGCUAAGAUAUAUUAAUGCUACGCAUCAGUAGGGAUAGCAGGAGAGAA